AUGGCGGACAAAGACCCCAUCAUGAAGCCUGCAGGUUGGGGAGACAUCAACGAGGUGGUUAACGCACCACUACAGAAUGUGGCAGGUGAUGCAAGCUGGUUGUCCGUUCUUUGUAUGUGGCUGACCUUGCCCAUCAGCUGCGUCCAGGGCGUCAUCGGAGGUCUUUGCCAGAUUGUGACGGCGUUCAUGGUCUUGGGCUGCUAUUGCUGCCAGUGCAUCCCGCAGUGGCUAUGCUGUUCAGCCAUGGGCUCCGUCGAGUGCGGCCGCCCAUGCAUCCUCGCCCCAUCCUGGUGGCGCUAUGUCAUUGGCGGCCUGGUCGCCCUCAUUGCCAACAGCAGGAGUCGACUUGCGCUAUUUAUCUGGGAGUGGAAGGCCUUUGGUGAAGGUGAUCACUACUGGCACGGCGAGGGGUUCUGGUCCGUGACCUACAAGGAAGUCAGUGACACCACGAAGGCCAAUCAGAAGAGAUCGUCCUCGUUUGCAUGCAUCCAGGCCUGCACGCCCGACUUGUUCGCCACCAACCUCAUCAUCUUCCUGUCUAACGAUGGAUCAACCGAUUGCGAGUGGGCGUGCCUGAGGAGAGCCUUGCAUGCCACCUUGCUGGACAAAGGGGCGGCGUGGUACUGUGAGCGCGCCAAGAAGCUGAAGGAGUACAUCGCGACCGACUGGCCCAGCCCAAAGCUGGAGGAGAUGAGUGACACAGAAAGGCUUCGAAUUCUUGUUGCCAAAUGCAUCUUCUACAUGGUGUUUGGUGUCUGGCUCGACAAGGAAGAUGCGGAGGUCAUGGCUAGGUGGCGAGACUAUGCUGCGUACUUUGUCCUUCCACGACUGGUCCAACGCUUUCUCUUCAACUUUGCAAUUUGCAAAGUGAAGCAACUCCGGAUUGAUACAGUUGGACUCAUCGAGAAGCACAAGUUGGAGUCAUUCAUCAUUGACAUCAACAACAAGAUGCCAGAGAAAUAUCGGAGGACUCCAACGGUGAAGCUUGCGGAUGAGAUUUUGUUUAUCGUGGGCUUUGCGGGCGUUGGUGGGACUUCAGCAGCGUGCGAGUCGGUGGGCGCUUUCCUGCAGUGCAAGAUCCCUGAAGAGGCCAGCGCACACCUCAUCAGCUUUGAGAAGUAUCCCACGUCGGAGUCCAUGGUGGCAGCUUUCAAAGCAAGCCCAGUGACGUACAUCAAGGAGGCGUGCCGCAUCGAUCCACCAGUGACGAGUGCCACCAACGUGUGCAAAGAAGCACGGGUGGUGACGCUCAAGGGGAAACAAUACUCCCUGCCAGCAGACACGCUGAAUCAGUACGUCCUCUCCAUGGCGAACCGCGAUACUUCGGUGUUCUCCAACCCAGACGUCUUUGACCCCACCCGCAAGGAGCUGAACAUGGCUCUCACCUGGAACGGAGCCUUUGGAACCCCCGACGAGGAGAAGGUGUAUCCUCGCAUUUGUCCGGGCCGCCAUCUGGCCCUUGAUGUCACCCAAGCUGUCGUGGGCCAUUUCGUGGGACUUCAGGAUACGGUGACAAGUACGAAUCCAUUCUCAUGCGCCUAA